AUGCAGAUAAAUUUAAACUUCCGUUCAACCAAAUACUCCCUAGAAGUUGAAGAAAACGAGAAGAUUGGCGCUGCGCGCGACAAGUUCUUUGACAUGAUAAAAGAGAACCAUUCAGACGUAAACGUAAAUGAUCUUAAAUUUGUUGGCAUGGCCAAGUUUUUGGACAACGAAAAAACGUUCUCCGAGGAGGGCAUUAAGCCUGGUUCGACCAUUUUGGUGCACAAGGCGCUGCCCAAGAAGGAGAAAGAAAGGGAAGACAGGAAAGAGACGAAGACGAGCACCAAUACAGGUGCACCUAUGCCGCCAUUCACCAACAUGAACGUGCCGCCCGUUGAUGCGUUCGGCGGCGGUAUAAACUCGAGCGUAAUCAACAACCAGAUGAACCUGCUGCUCAACGAUCCGGAGACCCUCGAUCUGACAAUUAAGACAAUCAUGCCCUCCGCAACGAACGAGGAGAGAGAACUGUACAAAAAGACGUUUGUGGAAAAUUGCAGAAGGUUUAAGGACAAUCCUGAGCUGCUCAGACAGAUGACCAGCCAGAUGCAGGGCAUGAUGGGCGGCGGCAACGCCAAUCCAUAUAUGCCGGUCAGUCCGGCCAUGAAUCCUUAUUCGCCCGUUAUGCCGAAUUACGGUGUUCAACCACCACCAUACAAUCCAUAUUACAUGAAUCCAUACGCACAGCAGCAGUAUCCUAUGCCAUCGCCGACCAUACCGUGUUUCCAUGGUUUUUAUCCGCUCAACUACAGCAUACCUGGACAGCCAAAGGAAGAUAUGGAGAAGAAGUUUGAGGCACAGCUUGAGAUGCUUAAUGAAAUGGGAUAUACUAACAAGCAACAUAAUUUGCAGGCUCUGGCACAGACCGGCGGAAAUGUUAAUGAUGCUGUUAAUUUGUUGUUGGAUUGGUUGGCAGGGCAGAAAAAGGAGUAGAUGGGUUGCUAUUAAAGGGUAGUUAAAGAA